AUGACGAAAGAUACUGGCCAACUUGUGCACACCAUACUGCCAACGUCACUUGAGCCAGAUAGCAUCACAGUAUCCUCAGACCUUGGGUUUCAAACGCUGUGUAGCUAUAACUGGCAGAAAGAUGGCAAAGCAAUUCUUGUUCCAGGUGGGCCUCCAAAAUGGACGCCCCCUCCUUUACCAGUCGCUCUCCCUCAGGACGCCGGCCUCCAAUUCAUAGAUCAGAAUACCUCCCGCGUUCCAAAAUAUCCAUUUGAGCCUGUCUUUCAGGCCUUGUCCAUCAUGAACCCAAGCAUGCAGCUAGACGACGUCGACCUUAUCCUCAAUCGCAAUAGUCUGCGCAAACUACUUGAUUUUGCCGCUGGGAAACGGCAAGAUCCAUUUUGCAUGGGGUUGCAUAUCGUGAAGGAUACGCUUUUCAUCAGCCGCAAGGAGAAGCAUGCUCGAAUGAUGAUCCACGGAGCUGCCAACUCUGGGUACGGUCACAACUUUGAAGAGGCUUUCACUACACCCGAGAACGGACUGGACAGAUCGAGCAGCCACCAUAGAGUCAUUAGAUAUCGCCUUGGCCACCUAGACUGUGUUGUCCGAUUUGAGGUCGAUGCGUACUACGAAAACACGGAUGAGUCAAGCGCAGUCAGUUCUACUCAGCACUCUAUAGACAACAUCACCGCUACGUUGGCGCAAAUGGGUGUCAAUAAGCCACAACCAACAGCAAAAUCACGAGAGGGCACAAAUGCCAUCUCGAAGGGAACCUACAUCGACUCAUCUAAGCUCGCCGAGACCAAGGCCCGUAAAGCCGAAAGGCUAAAUGACGCUAUGCCACAACUCUGGUUCGGUCGCACACCCUAUCUGCUCGUUGGUAAGCAUAUCAAGGGCGUUGUUAAUUCUACCACCUGUACCCAUGCCGAGACGCAGUUUGCGCAGUGGGAAGGUGCUAAUCAGGAAAAGUUGCGCAAGUUGGUCAGCUUGCUUGCGGAAUUGAAGCAAACCGUGCGGGAGACAGAAAGGAGAUCUGCGGUACUAGUCUGCGAAGACAGAGACGGGCCUUUACAAGUGUUCACGGCAAAGAACGAGGUGAACGUACUACCGAAGAAUAUAGUCAUCAAACACUGGAGUGUCGAGUGA